AUGUCGGCCAUCCUGUCUGCUGAUGACCUGAACGACUUUAUCUCUCCCGGUGUCGCCUGUAUCAAACCCGUAGAAACCCUUCCGAAACAGCAACCACAAGAAAAUGCCUACGAAGUCACAACCGAAGACAAGAUCGCCGCCGCCGAAGCCCCACCAGCCAAGGCCGUCCUCGUCAGUCUGCAAUCACAUCAAGAAGUCUUGAACACACUCGAAGCAUACCCUGAACUACGCCUGCCCUGGACCGCGUCAGGCGAGUCUCUACCAGGUCCUUCAGAUGGCAAGAUCUUUGUCGCAAGCGUGUCGCCUCAGACUCGUGCCAGCAUUGCUGCGACGUAUGGUGUCUCUGAGGCUGCCGCUACAAACAUGAUUCAACAACUUCUUUCUGGUCCAGCUGGUCUGCGAUCGGGCGGCGCAAACAAUAGUGGCUUCUCUUGGGUCAUUGAUACUAACGUCAUGCGUCAGGCUGCUCUGGUAGCUGCAGCCGACGAAGUCAUGGACUCCCUCGCACCCACAGCCAAACACACGACAGACUUUAGUGGCUCGCGCGCCGAGAAGCCAAAGAAGCCCAUACUUGCCUCUGCCUGUCCUGGUUGGAUCUGUUACGCCGAGAAAACACACCCUCACGCACUGCCCCACAUGUCACGACUGAAGUCACCGCAAGCCCUGACAGGCACAUUGAUCAAGAGCGGCAUACGCGAUGUCGAUUGUGUAAUCACUGCUCGUGAGCUACUCAUGCUUGCUGAAAGUCGUGGCAUUUCCUUUCCUCAAUUGCCACAGAAGCCUCUUGCACGCCAACAUCGCACGCCUUUCCCGGACCCUAAACUAGAUCGAUUCCUGUUCCCUGCAACUUCUACCCGCAAUGGCACGCGAGACGCUGGAACUAGCGGUGGAUAUCUCUGGCAUGUCAUGCAAACGUAUCGCGCACAACAUCCAGGCAGCCAGAUUACUAUCCAACGAGGCCGCAAUGCUGAUGUCGUUGAAUACACUUUGGUUGACUCGGAAAACGCUGCCAUAGUGAGAUCUGCUCGAUACUAUGGUUUCCGCAACAUUCAAAACUUGGUCCGUCGACUGAAACCUGUACGCGCUUCACGCAUGCCAGGAGCAGCAAAUAGACUUGCUGGUGCUCGCAAGCCUGGUGCAGCUGCAGGAUCGGCAGGAGGUCAGAACAUGAACGACUACGCUUAUGUAGAAGUUAUGGCAUGCCCAGGUGGCUGCACAAACGGUGGUGGUCAAAUAAAAGUUGGAGACGUAGGAGCUCUACGAAGCAGCGGUGUAGAGAACGGAGGUGACCAGGUAGUCGCCCCUCAACAAAAAGAGUGGUUACAGAAAGUCGAUGAAGCAUAUUUCUCAUCCUCGUCUGCAUCAUCAUCACCAUCACCUUCAGAUACAGAAGACGAAGGUGUUGAAGAUGUGGACGCUGCUUCUGCAAUUACGACAGCAAAGUCUUCUGCUAACGGCGAUGUCGAAAUGGAGGAUGCAGAAGAUGCUUCAAUGGUGGAUGGUAUCUCGCACUCGCAGAUCAAGGAUAUCUUCUCACAUUGGUCUGGGAUCACAGGCGUAGCGACAGACAAGCUAGUAUAUACCUCUUACCGCAAGGUCGAGAGCGAUAUUGGCAAGACCACAGAUGUAGAAAGAGUGGCUGGUCUUGCCAGCACUAUCGGCGGUGGUUGGUAG